UAAUGAAAGAGGAAAAAGCGAAGGUCUCCGGAUCUUUUAAGUUGGUGUGCCUUGCUUCUCCUUCAUAAAGCAUCAAUUAUGCAUCGAUGUGGCCUUCUCACAUCCUUUAAGGUCCCAGUGCCUCUGAAAAGCAUUUCUGUGGAUGUCAUUAUACGAGGUUUCGUGGCUGACGUAGUAUCAGAACUUCAGUAUCAGAAUAAGGAAAACAAUCCAGUGGAGGUCACCUUUGUCUUCCCUCUGGAUGAUGAAGCUGCAGUUUAUGCCUUUGAGGGUCUGAUCGGUGGGACACGGAUUGAGGCCGAGAUCCGAGAGAAGAAGCAGGCAAAGCAAGAAUAUGACGAUGCCUUAAGCGAAGGCCACCAGGCUUUUCUGCUUGAGAGAGAAGAAAAUACCAGUGACAUUUUCACAUGCAACCUAGGCAAUCUUCCUCCUGGUGCAGAGGCCACACUGAAACUGCGCUACGUUCAAGCUCUAGCUGUGGAACCAGAUGAAGCCAUCCGUUUUGUCCUGCCAGCUGUCCUGAAUCCCCGCUAUGUUCCUGAAGGCUCAGAAGGGGGCACCGUUACCCAGCAGAUACCACGAGUGUCUACAGAAGCUCUGCCCUACACCCUCAGCCUCAGCGCCAAGGUGGAGUCCCCCUAUGGCAUCAACUGGGUGGAUUCAAAAUGCAGUCUUAUACAAAAUAUGUCGGAGGAUUGCACUGCUGCCCAGGUCUCCUUGGCUAAAGGGCACCAAUUUGAUCGUGAUGUGGAACUGCUGAUAUAUUACAAAGAUGUUCACAAGACCAGUGCCAUUUUAGAGGUUGGGAAAUCUGGAACGGCCCCAGGUUCACUGAUGGGGGACCCAGCCCUCCUGCUAAGCCUGUACCCCAAUAUUCUAGCUGCCAAAGCAGGUCAGCAUGUUCCUGGAGAGUUUAUCUUCCUACUGGAUCGCUCUGGCAGCAUGGAUACCAUCGUGGGUACCAGUUUUGGCUCACUAUCACGCAUCGAGAGCGCUAAGGAGACCUUGAUUUUCUUGCUAAAGAGUCUCCCUCUGGGAUGUUACUUCAACAUCUAUGGCUUUGGCUCUACUUAUGACUCAUUUUACCCGCAGAGUGUUAAGUAUACCCAGCAGACCAUGGAUACAUCUGUCCAACGUGUGAAGAAGCUGUGUUGUGACUUGGGAGGCACAGAGAUUGUAAAACCCCUGAAGGCCAUUUACAGCCAGCCAUGCCUUGAAGAACAUCCUCGACAGAUCUUUGUGUUCACUGAUGGAGAAGUGUCCAAUACAAAUGAAGUCAUUGCUGAAGUUCGACGUAACAGUCACUGCCACAGGUGCUUUUCCUUUGGCAUUGGGGAAGGGGCUUCCACAUCCCUGGUCAAAGGCAUUGCUCGAGCGGCUGGAGGCAGUGCCGAAUUCAUCACUGGCAAAGAACGUAUGCAGGCCAAGGCUUUGCAAAGUCUGAAGAAGGCCCUUCAGCCAGCAGUGACGGGGAUCUCUGUGAACUGGGAGUUGCCUUCUGGCCUUAAGGCCACACUGGUGGGGUCAGGCCCUCAGGUCAUUUUCCAAGGUCAGCGCUGCCUCAUCUAUGCCCAGAUCCAGGGGCAACUUCAGGCGUCAGGCUCCAUGGAGGGGGCAGCCGUUGUUCGGUAUAAUUUCAAAAAUGAGACUUCCACAGAAACAACAAAGUUCUCACUCCAACUUGAGAAGACAGACAGGCUCCCUGUUCACCGUCUUGCAGCUCAGGCGCUAUUGAAGGAAUUAGAGGAGGACAAGGAGAAGGUUGAAGAAAAGCAGCUCCUGGCACUAGAGACAAGCCUGAGCUCUGGGGUGGUGUGUUCUCAGACAGCUUAUGUGGGUGUGAACACAGAGCUGGGCAAGCCGAUUCAAGGACCUCUCCUCCACCGAAAUGUCCCCUUUCGAUGUUUGAUGGCAGCACCACUAGCAUGCUGCAUGGCAUCAGGAUCAGCACCUAAAUAUCCAUGGGAAAACAUCCUCCAUAAACGUUCAGCUGCCAAAUUAGAUGAUGCAGCAUAUUUCGGAGCAAUGUCUUCAAGUCAAGUUUUGAGGCAGGCAAGCUCUCAGAGGGCACGUGCUGUACCACAAAUGGUAGUUGAAGGAAGCAGAACCAAGGAAGAAGAAUCUCCUCUUUUGAAGUUGGUAUCCCUGCAGAAUGCAGAUGGCUCCUGGCCUCAUGGGCCUACCCUAGCCACCAUACUAGACCUCAGUGAAGCUGAAAUCUCAAGCAAAGCACCAGCCAAUGUGGCCUCAGAUAUAUGGGCAACAGUGCUGGCUGUUCUCUGGCUUCAUUUGAAUGCUGCAGAGCAGAAAGAUGAAUGGGAACUGCUGGAAGGAAAAGCUGUCCAUUGGCUCCAAGUGAACGCAGGAGAUCAACUGGCUAAGUGUGUGAAGGCUGGUAAUGCAGUUCUGGGAGGUAGGGUCAGCCCCCAGGUAUUCGGGCUCUGAGUUUACAGCGUCGUCCUAUGCCUGAAACUGGAACAUCUGCAUCUAUUCUGCUUCUAUUCUUGGUGAAAUGUAACCUGCUGCAACCCCAUAACAAUCCAUUAGGUCCUGAAAGUACCAGUGCCUUGCUUACAAACUCACUAAGUUCUAAUGCAUCACAAAUUGCUUUAUUGGUGCAUUGAUAUAGACACAUUCUAGGUAUAAAUGUAGCAAUAGCAAUAGCGUUUAGGCUUAUAUAGCAUCCCAUAGCAUUUUAUAGCACUCUCUGGGAGGUUUACAAUGUUGAAACAUUAUUUGCAUAUUGCUCCCAAAAAUCUGGGUCCUCAAUUAACCGAGCCCCAUCAUCAGGAUUGAAUUCCAGGCUGAGGGCAGAGUUUGCCUACAAUACUGCAUUCUAAACACUAUGCCACCAAUAUUUGUUCCAUGAUACAUAAAUAUAUAGAUUAUCAUUGCUUGUUAGAAUGAAAUGAAAGAAUGAAAAUUAAAGCUGACAUCUACCACCCUAAUAUUUCUGUUUUAAUUUGCAAUCUAAAGUUUAUAUCAAGACCUCGGACUGUAAAUCUGUAUGCAUCUUCCACUAAUUAAAAAUUAGGGAUGCAUUCCUAAUCCCAGCAAAGCCCAAAAUAGAUUUGCAUAAUAAAUGAAAUUUUCAUUGAUCUGAAAGAGCAAUAAAGGAUUAAACACUCUAGUUAAGAAUGAAAACCCCAGAUCAGUAUUAAGCUCAGAUAAUGUUUAUGGUUGUAAAUUUCAUUAUGCUAGUGGUAUAAAAUAAUGGAGGGGAUGCUUACAAAAAAUUAAAAGCCACUUUGAUGUAGUGAUUAAGGCAUCAAGCAGAAAUUAGGAGGUUGUGAAUCUUGCUUUAGGCAUAAAGCCAUCUGGGUGACUUUGGGCUAGUCACACUCUUUUAGUCUUAAGAAGCACCUAAUGGUAAACCAUUGCUGAAAAACCUUACCAAAACAAACAAACAGCAGGGUCUACUCCAGCCUUCACGAAAAGUCAACAUUAACUCAAAAGCAUACACAUACUUAGAAAUACAAGCUUCUCUCACUAUUUUUAUAACUUUAUUUAAUAAAUCAUAAAUAUAUUAAUAAAGUUUGGAAAUAGAAACAGUAAGUUUAAAAUAGUUUUAAAAUGUUGAAUUAUGCAAUCACUUGGAGUUUAUCAAUAUAUAAAGAAUUUUGAAUUUAUUGAAGUAUUCCAAAGGUGAUUACUUUCUUAUACCAUCCCAGACAUACAGUCUUGGAUAGAUGGUACAUAUUCAUACUGUUUAUAUAAUGAAUAGAAUAACUAUUCUGCAUAAAGAUUUAAUGCUGUUUUAAAACUG